AGGCAACUGAGUCGUUCACCGAAAUGAAUCAGAUUCGGACACGGUGACUCACCGUCAGUUUCCCGAAACCAGGAAAAGAAGUGGAGCGAAUACUGGAACUAACCUCAGCAGAAAGCCACUGUUAAAGCUCGGAUGUUCAUCUGAUAUAUUCAACACGAACAAAACACUGUUUUUCUAGAACAUAAGCUCGUUACUGUGGUAGUUUGUGUGCGGAUAACGCUCUCGGUUAGUUUAGUUGAAGCGCGUUUGUUUGUUUGUUUGUUUGUUUGCACAUGAGCAGAAGUUUACACUAGAAGAGAUUCAGCAGCACAGAAGUCGGAUCAUCUGCUUUAGUGUGUGUUUUGGUGUGAUGUACAGCAGGUGAGGUCCUGAUGGAUUCAGACUGGAUCUCCUCAGAUGUGUCUGCUGGGUUUGACAUCAGGCUCCUCACACUGGUGCUGAUGCUGUGCUUCAGUCUGCUGUGUGGAUUCAGUCCUGUGUGUGUCAUGAGACGAGCCGCUCGCUUCAGCUCAGAUCCAGGCUCUCGCCACAGGGUUUUGAGUUUGGCGUCGUGUUUGGCCUGUGGGGUUUUUCUGGCCUCCUGUUUGCUGGAGCUUCUGCCGGACUAUCUGAACCGCAUGAGAGACACAUUCAGUCAUCUGCACGUCACUCUCCACUUCCCGUUAUCCGAGUUCAUCCUGGCCAUGGGUUUCCUGGUGGUGUUUGUGGUGGAGCAGAUGCUGCUGGCGUUCAGAGAGCAGACGUGUGACGCGUCUCAAGAGAAGCAGGCGCUGAUGGACUGUCAUGACAGAGACGCCGCUCCCCAUCGUUCCAGAAGGAGCGUCUCCUGGUCGGACGGCCCGUGCGCGGUGGACGACGGCCGCUCUCACGUGGGUCUGCGCGUGUUCCUGCUGCUCUUCUGUCUGUGUGUGCGUGCGUUCCUGGAGGGUCUGAGCGUGGGCUCUCAGCGUGAGCGUCUGCUGGAGUCGUGUGUGACGCUGCUGUUCUAUAAGGGCGUCGUGGCCUUCAGUCUGGCCGUGCGUCUGACCCAUCACGCUCUCCGGCGGACGCUGGUGGCCGGCGCUCUGCUGCUGUUCUCGGUCGCGUGUCCGGCCGGGAUCGGGAUGGGUCUGGCGCUGGACGGGGCGACGGCCGGUCCGCAGGUGCAGCUGGUGCGCUGCGCCGUGGAGGGUCUGACGGCCGGGAUCUUCGUCAACGUGUGCGUGCUGGGAUCCGUGUGGCAGGAAUUGGGCCCUCCGAAGCAUCGCAUCCAUAAAGUGGCUUUCCUCCUCACCGGCUUCGCUCUGGUUACUGCCAUCCUGUUUACUAAAGUCUGAACUCACUCAGAGUCGUCAUACGCCUCGCUGAUCUGAGUUUUUGAGCCAAAAUUAUCCACAAAUAAUUUUCACGCAAAAUCACUCAAAGUUCAUGAGCUCAGAUCAAUGACGCCUACAGUAAAUCAGCUCCAAAAAUAAAUACACAACCUGUGCUGAUUGAAAGAAAACAAGCUGACAGAAAGAUUGAAUCCAGGAUUUGGUGAUAAUUCAGCGUAAUGAGAGAUUUACAGGCCGUUUUUAAAAGGUUGCUCAUUUUUGAGCAGGAACAACCAAGGAUUUUCAGCACAGCACGAGAAUUAAAACCAAGUAAAGAAAAUUUCAGAAAUAAUUUAAAGACAUAAUAUAAUAUGUGCUGUAAAUGUAAAUGUCUGUGGAGAAAACAGCUGAAUUAACAACACUUUAGAGUUUAAAUAACACAACUUCCAACAGAUCUACAUUAUGUUUUACUAUGGGUAUAUAUAUAUAUAUAUAUAUGAUUAAUCAUGAUUAUUCGCAUGCAAAAUAAAAGUUUAUCUUUACAUAAAAUAUGUGUGUAUAUCAUCAUUAUCAUGUAUAUGUAAAUACACACAGAUGCAUGCAUUUAAGAAAAAUAUAUUUAUAUAGAAAAUAUUUAUAUGUUCAUAUAAUACAAAUAUAUGUAAAUACACAUAUGUAUACAUAUAAAUAAUUUUAAAUUAUAUACAUGCACAUACAUGUGUAUUUAAAUAUACAUAAUUAAUAUACACUGCACAUAUUUUAUGAAAACACUUUUAUUUUGCAUGCAAUUAAUUGCGAUUAAUCGUUUGACAGCCCUUACAUAUAUAUAUAUAUAUAUAUAUAUAUAUAUAUACAACUGUUAUUACAUCUUCUGAUCACACUUCAAAAAUAAAAAAUAUCGUCCUCAGUAUUUUUUUAUUUUCCAGUUCAAAUGUCCAAAUUUUCUUAAAGCAAAAUAACGUAAUGUAAUGUAAUGUAAUUUCUUUUCUGAGAAACUGAUUAAAAUGAAGAGAGUUUAUGAUUAAAACAAGAACAAAUAUCUGUCAAUGGAGUCAGAAAAAUCAACUUAACUCAAAGUGAAAACUAGUUUUCAUUCUCCACUGAAAGAUAUUUGUUCUUGUUUCAAACAAAAACUCACUUUUGUUCAAUUUCUCUACAAACAAAACAAAACUUUAUUUUGCAUUUCAGGUGAAUGUAUCCUGAUUUAAGAAUGCUUAAAGAAAUUUGUACUGGAAAACAAGACAAAAAUACUGAUGAAAUACUCACCAUUUUUUGGACUUUAUGGAAUUUAAGACAUUUUAAGGUGUUGAUUUGUGGAAGGAAGAAUGAAGGCUCUUUAAGAGCCACAUAAAGCCUGUAUUAGAUUGAAGUGCAGGACAUACAGCUGAUCCUGGAUCAGCACUGGAUUGACCAAUCACAGCACAGCACAGCUGCUUCAUGAUGUCAGAUCAUGCAAACAUGAACGUUUCUGUUACAGUCAUGUUUCUGCAUGGUUUCAGUUUGCUUAACUAUGUUUUCAUUUUCAUAUUAAUCAUGAAACAUAUCUGCUGUGUAAACGGGUCAGUUAAUCAAUCAUUCAGUCACUUUCACUGCUGUUUUUCUUGUUUGCUUUGAAUUAUGAAAAAUAAUCAGAAAGCAUACUAACAGACAGGUUUAUUUCCUAUGGAGACAUCAUGAGGAGAAUAUAAACUACUAGCAAUGUUUGACAUUUUCUGCUGUUUUAGUUUAAAUAUCCUGCAUUUUAUAUUAAUAUGUAUUAGAUCAAGUAUUACAGUAUUGGACAUGUGGGAUCAGGCUACAGUUAUAAACUGCAUUGAUUGUGUAUUCAUGUGUGAGACAUUUAUAUGAUCCUGCAGCAAACUGACACACACAUCUGUAUUAUCAGAGAAUCAUCUGUCAUAAGAACUAAAGUGUUUACGACAGUAUUUGAUCACAAUAAACAUCUGAUGACAUUA